AUGGUCGACCCGGAAGAUGCGCGUCUUCUCAGUCUCGUGCGCUCCGAGGGGCCCGUCUCUAGCUCGACAGAGUGUCUUGAUUACUGUGAAGAGCGCUCUUUUGACGUCGCUGGAAUACAAAAUGGCUUCGAGUGCUGGUGCGGCAAUAGGCUCACGCUCGCGGAUGCGGAACAGCCUUCGUCACGCGAGGUCAUUCAGCAAGAGUGCUCUACGCCGUGUAGCCAUAGUGUUCCCGGCGACAUCUGUGGAGGACCUUGGCGCACGCUCCUCUUUGGUCGCAAUGGUGUGCUCGACCAGUAUGGCUUUGGAUCGACAAAGCAUGGUAUCUUCCUUGACGAUGAACACUCUACCGUGUCUAGCAUUUCGGAUACGUCGUCUCGCAAUGCCACUGCUGCGCCCCUCCCCACCGACAUUGUCAACGAUCAGCCCUCUCAUUCGGCGUCGUCACCAAAUCCCAACGAGGUUACCGGCAAAAAGGUCAUUGCUCAUCACAUGGUCGGGAACACUUAUCCAUAUACCAUCGAAUCUUGGAUCACGGACGUAACGGCCGCCAAGUCGGCUGGCAUCGAUGGUUUUGCACUCAACUUUGGCAGUAUUCAUGGUGGCUGGGAGCAGAAGAGUAUUUCAGAUGCAUUUGUUGCGGCUAGUACCGUCGGUGGGUUUGGGAUGAUCUUUAGUUUUGACAUGACUGGGCUACCUUGUAGUAGUCAAAAGGAUGCUCAGACUCUGCGAGAGUUCCUAUUGACCUGGGGGCCGCAUCCCGGUCAUCUGGUGCUUCCACCCGCAUCUGGAUCUGCUUUCCAACGUGUUGUCGUCAGCACCUUUUCGGGUGAAUGGUGCAACUUUGGCCUCGGAUCCCCGCGCGAGGGAUGGAUGUCCGUCGUCGCGGAUCAAGCUGUUGUUUCUCGUCUACGCGCUGCUGGCCGUGAGAUUGCGUUUGUGCCUAGCUGGUUCGAGAGAGUCGAUCAACGCAAGCAAGAGUUUAACGGUGUUGUUCAAGGGGACUUUCACUGGAACGGUGGUUGGCCAACCGGCAACUUUGACGUGAACUGGGACGGUGACGCCUAUCGCAUUGCUACUAGCCCAGGACCGCUCUUUAUGGCGUCUGUUUCCCCUGGGUUCUUCACACACUAUGGGCCAAACUCGUACAACAAGAAUUGGAUCUAUCGUAGCGACGACUGGCUUUAUGCUUCUCGCUGGGAGAUGCUCGUCGGUCACCGUGCGGAGGUCGAUUUGGUAGAGAUUGUCACAUGGAACGACUAUGGCGAGUCCUCGUACAUUGGUCCUAUCGAAGGAGAACAGCCCAACUCUGAAGCGUGGACAAACGGAUUCCCCCAUCUUGGCUUCCUCGACAUGACCUCCUAUUAUGCGACCGCCUUCAAGACGGGUUCUUAUCCAACUAUUACAGAGGACAAGGUCUAUCUUUGGUCGCGUUCUCAUCCUCGAGAUGCGCAGGCUCCGCGAGAUCCUAUCGGGCGUCCCAACAAUGCAGACUGGACUGAAGAUUACGUUUGGGGACUGGUCAUUGCUGCGAGUGAUGGAGAGCUCGUUCUCAGCUGCGGAUCCAAUUCUGAGACAUUCUCGAUCAUUACAGGCGUCAACAAGGUCAAGAUUCGCAACAGUCCAGGACAGAUGAGAGGAGUGCUUAGACGAGCAGAUCUACCCGUCGUCGAUGUCAAUCCUGGUGCUGCUUUUACCUAUACUCUCGACCCGCCCAGCUACAAUUUUAAUUACUUUGUGGCGAGCAACUGA